GACCCACCUGAUCAAGCUCGUUCGAACGUCACUUUGAUAGCCCGAAGAACUUUCCGGGGUCACACCAUUUUGCAGAAGCCUUGCCAAGCAGCAGAUACAUCCUACGCGAUAUGUAGCCGGAUUUAUAUACCCCACUAUACUACAUAACAGAUCGAGUUCGACAUCCAUCUUUCACGCAAACACGAUCAGAUCUCAACUUAUUCGUCAGCAUGGCGCCGAGCGCAAUCACUCCCCAAAGCUCGCCUAGACUCGUCGCAGCACCCAUUGCAAACGUUAUAUCGCCAAAAUACAACCACUGGCGAGCUGAUUUGCAGAAGGAUGGUUUCGCCGUAGUAAAGGGAGCUAUACCGAAAGAGCGAGCAGUGCAAUAUCAGGAGGACGCGUAUGCCUGGCUGAAGUCGUUCGGUACUGACCUCGACCUCAACAACCCCGAUACCUGGAUUAAGCAAAACCUACCUGUUCAAAGUAAAAUCAACACAUUCCACUCCUAUUGCGUCGCGCACGAGAAGUUUAUGUGGGAUGCGAGGAUGGAGUCUGGUGUGUUGGACGCAUUUGCAUUACUAUGGGGCACCGACGAACUACUAGCCAGCUUCGACAGUCUCAACAUCACCCUUCCCAAUCGCAAAGAUGUCCCCCGAAAGGCAGCAUGGGAGCACAUCGACCAGAGCCCUCUGAGACGCGGCCUUCAUUGCGUGCAGGGUAUCCUGAACCUCUCGCCAUCUGGACCAGAAGACGGAGGCUUAGUCGUAUACCCCGGCUCGCACGCCUUGAACGACGAAUUCUUCGACAACAACACUGACCAAUCUACCUGGACGUCUCUAGAUCGCUACUUGUUCGAAGAAGACCAGCUGGCGUGGUUUCGAGCUCGCGGAAUCGCGCCACUAAAGGUAUGCGCAGAGGUCGGCGACCUGAUACUAUGGGACAGCCGCACUGUUCACUACGGCGCCGAGCCGUCGGAGAAGAGCGAGCAGAUAAGGACAGUCAUCUAUACCGCGUAUACGCCCGCGAGGCUGGCGAGCCCAGAGCAGUUGGCACUCAAGGCACAGGCGUUCGAGAACUAUGGAGGAACGACACAUUGGCCCCACGAUAACGUCGUGCCCAGAGAUACAAAGACAUACUUGGAGGACGGUACGAGGGACCCCAAGGACCGAGAUCGGCCCUUGACCCUCCCGGAGAGGAGUGAUAAGUUGUUGAAGCUUGCGGGUGUCAAGCAUUAUUGACUUUGAUCUAAACGUCGUCAUAAGGGAAGCUUUCAUGUACAUACUACAAUCGCGACUUGAGCUGUAUUACCUCGUAGUAGAUCUAUGUACACUUAGUUACCGCUGUUUGAAGUGCCUCGAUGUGCUUCUACAAAUCAA